AAGUAUCAAGAUCUUGUUGAUACACAGCAGUUUUGCUUAGCAAGAACACUCCUGACGGCCAUCAGAAUGACAGAACAAACAGGACAAACAGCUUUUGUUUUAAACAGAGAGCACUCUGGUCAAAGUCAGCAUUCUAUUUAGAGAAGAGAAUGUGGUCAAUGUAAGUGGGGGGGGAGACCAAUAGUAUCUUCGUUAGCUUUUCAACUUUGAGAAAUAUUUCAGUGCAAGUGUCUACGUUAUACUAACAAGAGAAGAUCAUGGCCAAACGAGUUGCAGUGAUUGGAGCAGGGGUGAGUGGCCUGUCCUCCAUCAAAUGCUGCUUGGAUGAGAACCUGGAGCCUACCUGCUUUGAAAGAAGUAAUGACAUCGGGGGACUAUGGAAGUUUACUGAAGUUUCCAAAGAUGGGAUGACAAAGGUCUACAAGUCAGUCAUAACAAAUGUUUGCAAGGAAAUGUCAUGUUACAGUGACUUCCCUUUCCAAGAAGAUUAUCCCAAUUUCAUGAACCAAGAGAAAUUUUGGAACUAUCUCCAAGAAUUUGUUGAGCAUUUUGGCCUCCUGAAAUACAUUCGGUUUAAGACCACUGUGUGCAGCGUAACCAAAUGUCCAGACUACUCUGAAACUGGUCAGUGGGAUGUUGUCACAGAGACAGAGGGCAAGCAGGAUAGAGCUGUCUUUGAUGCAGUCAUGGUUUGCACUGGACGCUUCCUGAAUCCCAAUUUACCUUUGGAGUCAUUUCCUGGAAUUCAUGAAUUCAAAGGCCAGAUACUACACAGUCAAGAAUACAGGACCCCAGAUGCCUUUCGGGGCAAACGUAUCUUAGUGAUUGGUCUUGGGAACACUGGAGGGGACAUCGCGGUGGAGCUCAGCCGAACAGCAGCUCAGGUAUUCCUCAGUACUAGAACUGGCACAUGGGUCAUCAGCCGCAUUUCAGACUGGGGUUACCCUUUCAACAUGAUGUUUUUAAGAAGAUGGCAAUCAUUCAUUAAGAAAGUUUUGCCUGUAUCUUUCCAAAGCUGGAUGCAAGAGAGAAUGAUGAAUAAAAGAUUUAACCAUGAGGAUUAUGGAUUAAGUAUUGCAAAAGGAAAACCUCCGAAGUUUAUUGUGAAUGAUGAGCUUCCAGCCUGCCUCCUGUGUGGGACAGUCACUAUGAAAACAAGUGUGAAGGAUUUUACAGAAACCUCUGUUAUCUUUGAAGAUGGGACAGUAGAAGCCAACAUUGAUGCUGUGGUCUUCAGUACUGGAUAUAUAUUUGCUGUCCCCUUUUUGGAAGAGCCUCUCAAGAGCCUUUGUACAAAGCAGAUCUUCUUAUACAAGCAAGUCUUUCCCUCAAACCUGGAGAGAGCCACACUAGCCAUCAUUGGUCAUAUCAGCCUUACUGGGUCCAUCUUAGCAGGCACAGAGCUCCAAGCACGAUGGGCUACAAGAGUUUUCAAAGGCCUCUGCAAGAUACCUCCACCCCAGAAAUUAAUGGCUGAGGCCACAAAAAUGGAGCAACUCAUUAAAAGGGGUGUGAUGAAAGAUCCCAGUCAAAGCAAAUCUGACUACAUUUCCUACAUGGAUGAGAUCGCUACGUGUAUUGGCUCGAAACCCAACAUCCCAUUUCUCUUCCUCACAGAUCCUAGACUAUCCUGGGAAGUUUUCUUUGGACCGUGUACUCCUUACCAAUACCGCCUAAUGGGCCCUGGGAAAUGGAAUGGAGCCAGAAACGCCAUCCUGACCCAGUGGGAUAGGACUCUGAAACCUCUAAAAACGCGAAUUGUUUCUGGUUCCUCCAAACCUGUCUCCAAAUCACGUCACUUAAUAGCUUGGGGGGCACCUGUCCUAUGUGCCUCUCUUCUACUUAUCUAUAAAUCUUCACUUUUCCUUAAAUUGGUACGAAACAAACUAUACGAUAAAAUGUAUCCUUACCUAGUGCUGUGGUUUGAGUAUGUGCCCUGGAAUUCAUGCAUUGGCAAAAUGGUUUCCAGUGCUGGAAGAGCAGGCAUCACAGGAAGUGUUUGGCUCAUGGGAGCCCCUCCCUCACAAAUGGAUUAAUGCUGCAGGCAAAUGCUGGAUUAGUUAUCAGAGGAACAGUUUACUGUAAAACUAGCCUGCCUCUUUUUUGUCUCUUCUACUUGUAUUUACUUGUUCUUCUUUCCUUUUCACUCUGCACAAAGCUCUCACCACUGUGCCCGUGGACUGUGAAAACCAA